AUGGAAGAGGAGCACCAGGAGGCCCCGCUGGACUUCGAGAGGAUUCAGACCGCUCCGGGAGGCCUCAUCCAGGGGGACGUACACGUCUACGGAGGCCCUCAGGAGGCUGCAAUCGACUUCGACCAUUCCCCGGAGGAUCCGCUGGAUCCGCCCCCAAUCAUUCCUCGUCGAGAUCUCGAUCCGGACCCGCCAGCUCCCGAUCCGGAUCCCAUGAUGAUGGCCCCAGAUGAUCCACAGGCACAGGCAGAGAACAUGAACGCUCCACUCAUGAAUGGAAUCAAUGGCAUUGACGGGAUUCCUGAUCCAAAGGUAGAUCCCAAUGCUAACCCUGAUCCUGACGCUGAAGGCAACGUAGCUCCACCUCCUCCUCCUCCCACAGAUCUACCGACCACGGAGAAACCAAAGAAGGCUAAGACGGGCACCUCAAAGACCAAGAAACCUGGCUCUAAAACAAAGACGUCGUCAGCAAGGCAGAACCUUGAAAGAAGAAUGCAGGAUUCCCUCAAGACGGAGAAGGUGGGAACAAGGAGACCAGCCUCUGGCAAGUCCUUGACGACAACAUCGACAAAAAGGGGGCCACCCUCUCCUGUCAAAGAUAAGGAAAUAACCAAGAAGACGGCAAAGACGGAAGACAACAUCAAGUUAGAAAAGAAGGCACUUCAUAAGAGCAGGGCUCCCACUAAGAAGGCAAAAUCUGACCUGUCCAAACCCAAGGAUAGUGCAAGGAAGGAUGACAAACCGGGCGGGCUAGCCAACCUGAAGAAGAGGUCGGAUUCCAGCGAGCGCAGGAGGCAUCGAAGGAGCAACUCGAGAAGGAAAAGGAGAAGGAGAAGACGUUCCCAGCUAAAGGCCAAGGAGAGGAGGCUGUCAGAGAAGUCUUCAUCAUCUGACAGGGUUAAGAAGCCCAGUGAGGCAAAGAAGGAGAAGAGUUCAGCAAAGAAGGCCAAUGAGGAGUUGAAGAAGGAGAAGAAAGAAAAACGGCCUGCAGAAGUUGCAAGUAAGAAGACACCAACACCACCUAAACCCAAGGCACAACAUAAGGGUGAGGAAGCAAAGAAACCUGCCCGUGUGUCGACGGUUAAGACGGAGAAAGUCCUUGCUGUAAAGGCUGCCACGCAUUCUGCUCCCCCCACCCCAAAGCCGGCACCACCACCCCCUCAAACAGGUCCCCCUGUGUACCUGGACCUGGCGUAUGUGCCAGCACAUGCCAACAGCAGCUACGCAGAUGCAGAAUUCUUCAGGCGCAUCAGAUGCAGGUACUACGUGAUCAGUGGGAACAGCAAGUCCACCGACGAGCCAAGUAUAAGCGUGCUCAACUCCUUACUGGAAGGCAAGCAGAUGUGGGGCAACGGGGACUUCGAAGUCACGCUCAUUCCAACCUACGACACCGAAGCCAUGCGAGAGUGGUACCAGAAGAACUACUCAACACUGGAGCAGGCACGAAUCAACGUCAUCGCCAGCGGGAGCAAAGUCGUCAUGCAGGACGAGAGCUUCGAGGCCUGCAAGAUCGAGUUCUAAACUCUCCCCACCGCUGCAGAUACCCUGCUCUACUGGAAGGGAAUGUUUAUCUGUAAAAGGGGACAAAUGAGAUUUUGGGUGUUUUUUCUAACACCUUGUGAAAGAUGUAGAAAAUCGGAAGAAAUGCCAUCACUGUAAAGUUCAAUUGAAAGAUGUAUCCUUUUUCGAAAAUGGGUCUUUGAUUUCAAGAACGUUUUGACGGACCCUUGUUGCUUGAUUCCUCUAUGUGCAAUCCAGCUGCCGGAGCUUUUCAGCACUUCUAGCAAUGUGACAAGCCAUUUACACCUGUGAAGUACUUUCCAUGUCAGCAUUCCUUGCUGUUGUCUAAAUAACAACCCAGUGUCAGAAGCCUUAAAAUAUCACCACUUAAAAACGCAGAGUAAUUCCACAAGGCACAAGAACUGCUGUACGUACUUACUUAGACCAAUAUAGAAUGGAGACGAUCCACACAGAAAAAAUAUAAAGUAAAAAAAAUGUAGAUGCUAGAAUCUGCUGAAGUGACUGCCAGCUUCUCCUACCAUUUCACAAUCCCUAAAUUCUUAGCCACAUUUCAAUACUCAAUAAUAUCUUUAAAGCAUUGAAAAGCCUAUGAAAUUCCUAUGGAAAAGACUAUGAAACUCAUGUAUUGACCUUUGAAUUCAGGAGGUUAAGAAAUAAUAACAGGAAAGGGACGUUGCCAGUCAGUUCAUGCAGUCAAACUUAGCUAUAGUCAAUGAACUAUGAAAAGAAUGAAGUGCUUUUGCUAUGCCAUGAGACAGACAGUUCCUAUGAUACUGAAGGUUACAGUGUAAUACUGAAUACUGAGGAAAUUGCUCUAUGAACAAUGUCUGAAUAAGUUAUGAAAGGAAAUACGAAAGGUUAUAGAAUUAUACAGUGGACAUGAUAUCAUAUAUGUUGCCAUUUUUUGUACAUUUAUAAAUUCUGCAUGGUUGGACAUAAAUGUACCAUGCAAUAAUUUUGUUUCUCAUAACGUUAAAUUUUUCAGUGCAAUACUAGGACACUGUAGGCCAUUAUUUUCAAGUGAUUGCUAACAAUACUUGUACAUGCUGCUUCAAGUCCUCUUCACAAAUCAAUGCUUUCAUAGAGGCUUUGCAAGAUAUGGAAGUUCUCAAAAGCAGACUAUGACGGGUAAUCAGAAAGUUGUCUUUUCACCUUCAUAUUGUUUAAAAGAUAUGCUUUGGAACCUCUUUUUAUUACAAUACAAUAUUUGGAUUAUAUUUAGACCAAGUAAAUACGGUUUCUAGUCAUAAUGAUUUUCCCAUAUAGAAUAAUAUUGUGGAUUUAGGUCGACCUGUUACUCUUUUCUUCCCAUCCAUCUGGUAGGAGAUAGUGGGGUAGCACCAUGUAUAGAAAAAAAGUGAACUCGAUGGAGAAAUCAGAUGCUACUGACGAUGAACAAUAUUGCAUGCAGGAAAGAACUAUAUCAUAUUAUCUAUUUUGCUAUACCCCCUAAAUGCUGCCUGUAGUAAGAUAGGGUAUCCGGUAGGCGACUUGAGAUGUGGAAAUCGUUAUCUAGAAUGUUCAAACUUGAGCAAGGGGAAUUGCAGAUACAGAGGUACGAUAUUGAUACAUACCACAUGUAUUACAUUUGAAGGUGUCUAAAAUUUUGGUAUGGAUAACAUUGGGUGUCCAUAAAUUUACUGGAUGUAAUUAGUUUAUGUCAUUUAUAUCAAUAUAGUAUGAACAAGCUGCAGGGUUGUUUUGCUAUGGGACAGAUUAUCGAUGUGGUACUGUGCUCUGGAGUGACCUAACCGUAAUGAGAAAUGGUCCAAUUGCUGUGGCAUUCAAAGAGGCCCGCCUGUUCAAAGCAGUUAUCAUAUGAUAGCACAAAAACAAUGGAGAAGUCAGAUGUUGUAAACCAUGAACUACUUUGAUGGCUAUGUGACCGCAGAGACAUAUGUUAUUGGUGUUGUUCCUUUAAAUGUUUGACAUCCGGAAGCACUUGUCAAUCAUAACAGAAACAUGACAUGAAUGAAGCCAGAAUCGAGAUAUUCUAGGCAAUGCGCGACUCCAUGUAUGGAAAGCAUGGCCACAAACUGUACUACAAUUUGUGCAAAGCCAACAACCUACAUGUGAGAUAUCAAAGACAUUUGAUUUUCGUGUUGGUAAUGAAUGGUACGAUGUAUACCUUAACAGGCAAUUAAUGCUAAGCGUGUUACAGAACUAAAAGGGAAAAAGAUGGGUACGAAAUAGAAUGAAAUUUGUGCAAACCAACAAAGAAUAUCUUUCAAGACAUUUUGAAAAUGCCAACGCAACAGACAACUUACAAGGCUUUCCAUGCUGAGUACAUUACAGAACUGUAGUUUUCAUCGACCUAUUUGGCCCCAUUUGUAAUUUAGACCCGCAUUGAUUGAAUGCCCCACAUUCGAAGGAGAUGAAUUGGAUUUUCGCUGUGAUGAAAAAAUGUGGUCAUUUGACAUAUCACGAAAUUGCAGCAGAGAGGACUUGGUCACCCAUGAGGAGUAUGAAGGGAUUAUUGCAAUGCUCUUUCGAGCAAUUUUCAACUGAGGGGUCAUAAUGUAAUGGUGUGUCGUGAAUAUGGUCUUUACCACGCAACUGCAACCCUAUGACCCUAUUCAAAAUUAUUCAAAAGAUGUGUAAUGCUUCAAAUAGAUAGUUUGCUCGCGGUGUAACCUAUAUUCGGCGUUUUAGGAAUUCGGCGAUAUCAAGUGAACGGUCAGUACUAGUGUGGUUUAAAUUUGGAAUAUUUUCAAAAAGUGCGGUUUGAGACCAUCUUUCCGAAAUGCACUUUGUCUAAAAACAACGGAUAAAGGUUACCCCACGGGUAAAGGUGAAAUAGCGUUACUUGAACUGUAAACAUUAAAAUCUGUGGGCUUAAAAAUGUACAUUGUUUCUAAAGUUACUUUCGUAACAUACUCUAAUCAUUCCUGAAAUACAUCCCUUUCAUGUUCUUCUCAUUCCCAUACUUAAACCUGAACUCAAAACCAGAGACGUGUAGUGUGCAAUUGUUUCCAGUAUGUGAUGUGUGUUAACAUGAUUUCAAGCCAUCGGCAAGACAACCCUGCAGCUUGACAAUCUCUUAAAGCUAAUGCCAUUAUCUUCUUCCUCCCCUAUCUAAAUGAUAGAUGUGAAUAAUGCAUAUUUAUUGAUUUCUCCUUUCUGUGUACAGAGAACACUUAUUGAUUGGUCCAAGCAGAGUAACACAAAGUGUAUUAAUCAAUUGCGGACUGGUUUGAUGCCUGCUCAAUGCAAAGGUCUCUAAAAAAAUACAUGCUGCAAACUGAAGUAACAUUUAAGGUAGAUUACAAAGCUUCCAACCAGUAGAGUUAGUAUACGUGUAUACGCAUGACGUUCGACACAAUCUUGCAGUCUUUGCAUCGGAGGCAAAAAUGUCGCUACCGUAGGAAUACAAGAUGUAUGCUAUCACAACCUAGCAUGACACUAACUGUUGUACCCACAAACCUAUGUACCUUGUGACCACCUUGAAGAUCUGUUUACUGGACCAUGUUGAAAAGAAUGUUACAAGAGAGCUGAUUACAGCAGAAGUUGUUGACAAAUUUUUGUAAUCAUAAUAUCCAACAAUAUGUCAACUAUACUUACUGAACAGACGAUAGAUAUUUUAUCACCCCUACCCAAUUUGGCCUUCACAACGGAUAGCUUGGCACAAAAGGGCAAAUAGUUCCAAACUCGAAGAUCUCAUGAAAUUUGACAAAAUGCUGGAUUCCGUUCCCUCUUACUUGACACUUUUAUGAAUAUAUACUAACGUUAUCCUUACCUAAAAUUGGCAUUGUACAAAACUCAUAAAAAUAUUCAUGUAUUCAGAAUAGACCAAAGAUUAUAGAAGGAACAUACGUUUUAUAGAGCCACCAUUAUGUCAUUGGCAUUUCAAAAAUUGAAAAAAAAAAUGUAUUCUAGCAGUCUCUCUCGGAGGAAAAAAUUUAAUUCUUUUCGAGUCCUUUUGCAAAAUGUAUCGUCCAAAGCAAGGUCGGAAAUUGGACAUUAAUGAAUGAGCUGUGAAACCACCUGAUCCCCACAUCUGUCAGUUGUCCAAAGAAUUAAAGAUUGAUGAAAGAUUGGUGAUGCUGAUCUGCACCACAUCAAAGUAGAAUACAAGAUGUUACAUUUUUCGGGCACUCCUCUACAAUGACCUGGUCAGCUUUCACACCUUUGUACCCUUGAAAUGUGACCAGUUGCAGUUGCAGUUUCUGAUCGGCUAUUUUGCCGGGGUAACAACAUUAGAAGCUGUCCUAAAGUAGAAAGAGAGGGAACAGAAAAGUAUGCUGUACAGGAGUAACAUUUAUGGAAGUGUAUGGAUCAGUGAACAAGUUCUUUGAGGUGCACAAGAAGAAGCCCAGCCAGUGUAACCAGUCUGGUAUACUAUGGGAAUAAAGAUCAAGCUUCUGCUUGUUCAGAUGUU